AUGACUCUUCAAGAUAAGCCCUUGUUUUUACUUCUUUUUCUUCACCUGAUGACGUAUUUUCUUGUUGCAUGUUUUAGUUUAUCGGACUCCGAAAUCCUCGUUAACUUCAAAUCUUCACUGUCGGACUCGUCUUCAUUGUACGAUUGGGAUGAUGAAACCAGUCCAUGCGAUGGGAAUGAUGCAAAUUGGUUUGGUGUUCUUUGUAAUAAAGGUAGCAUUUGGGGUCUAAAACUUGAAAACAUGGGGCUAAAAGGCAAAGUUGAGAUGAGCAAUCUAGCUGAAUUGAAGGAUUUGAGAACCAUAAGUUUGAUGAAUAAUGAGUUUGAAGGUCCAAUACCUGAUUUGAGCAAACUCAGUGCAUUGAAAUCGGUUUAUUUGUCACAUAAUAAAUUUUCUGGGGAUAUUCCAAGGGAUGAGUUUGAGGAUCUUACCUCAUUAAAGAAACUUUAUUUGGCAGAUAAUAAUUUUUCUGGUGCAAUACCAUCGUCCUUAACGAGUUUGUCUAAAUUAAGGGAGUUGAGUCUGGAAGGGAAUCAAUUUGAAGGUGAGAUCCCAGAUUUUCAACAGAAUGUAUUUCAAGUUUUCAAUGUUUCCAACAAUGCCUUGACGGGUCCUAUCCCGCCAAGCCUCCAGGAAUUGGAUCCUUCCUCUUUUUCAGGCAAUAAAGGAUUAUGUGGUGGGCCAUUGGAUUCAUGUGAUGGAACCAAAUCCGAGCGCAAAGAUAAUACUGCCACGUUGACCAUAAUAAUUUUCUCAAUAGUUGCAGUGGUGGCACUGGCAGCCAUACUCGCCACCCUCUUCAUCCUCCGUCGGCGGAAACAAGAAGAACCCGAAACAAUAGAGUCUCCAUUACCCUCAAACUUCCAAAAGAAAUCAGGCAUUAGGGAAUCAGAGCAACCGUCAACAUAUUCACAGGAAAUCUCAGCCGUUGGAGGCAAGAAGAGUGAUCAAUCUACCAAGCUUUCUUUUGUAAGAGACGACAGAGAAAAGUUUGAUUUACAGGGAUUGCUGAGAUCCUCUGCGGAAAUAUUGGGCAGUGGGUGCUUUGGAUCUUCAUACAAAGCGUCUCUCGGCCCUGGUGCAAUGAUGGUUGUUAAGAGGUUUAAGCAAAUGAAUAAUGUUGGUAGAGAAGAUUUUCAAGAGCAUAUGAGGAGAUUAGGAAGAUUAAGGCAUGCUAAUUUGCUCCCUCUUGUGGCUUAUUACUAUAGGAAGGAAGAGAAAUUGUUGGUUUCUGAUUUUGUUCAAAGGGGAAGCUUGGCGGUUCAUCUUCAUGGACGCCAUUCUAUGGGGCAACCAAGUCUUGAUUGGCCAACCCGAUUAAAAAUUAUUAAAGGCGUUAGCAAGGGUCUUGCGUAUCUUUAUAAGGAGUUACCAAGCCUAAUAGCACCUCAUGGUCACCUGAAAUCCUCAAACGUUCUUUUGAAGGAAUCAUUUGAGCCACUUCUUUCAGACUACGGAUUGAUUCCUGUAAUCAACCAAGAGAGUGCCCAAGACUUGAUGGUGGCCUAUAAGUCUCCGGAAUCUUUACAAUAUGGAAGAAUCACAAAGAAAACAGAUGUAUGGGGUCUUGGGGUAUUGAUAUUAGAAAUUCUAACAGGGAAAUUCCCCGCUAACUUUUUGCAACAAGGGAAGAGAAGUGAAAUCGAUUUGGCAAAUUGGGUGAUGUCGAUUGUUGGCAAUGGAAAUUACGUAGAAAACAAAAGCCAAGUUUAUGAUAAAGAUAUGGGAGGAACAAAGAAUAGUGAAGGGGAAAUGAACAAAUUAUUAAAGAUUGGGUUGGCUUGUUGUGAAGCGGAGGUGGAGAAGAGGUUGGAGUUGAAGGAGGCUGUUGAGAGGAUUGAAGAAUUAAAGGAAAAGGACAUGGAUGACGAUUUCUACUCUUCUUAUGCUAGUGAAGCUGAUCUUAGGUCUUCAAGAGGAAAGUCUGAUGAUUUCUCAUCUUACUCCUAA